GCGGUCGUAAUUUUCCUUGAAUUUUUUGCGUUUGGGUUAUUAACAGCGCCAAUGAUUUCCGUCUUGGAUGAGGCGUUUCCAAAGCACACGUUUCUAAUGAAUGGGUUGAUACAAGGUGUAAAGGGUUUUCUCUCCUUCCUCAGCGCGCCUCUUAUAGGGGCGCUCUCGGACAUCUUUGGCAGGAAGCCUUUCCUUUUUCUGACAGUCACUUUUACGUGUUCCCCAAUUCCUUUCAUAAAACUAAGCCACUGGUGGUAUUUCACAAUGAUUAGCAUUUCGGGAAUUUUUUCUGUCACCUUCUCCGUAAUUCUGGCAUUUGUCUCUGAUGUUACUACGAUGGAAAAUAGAACCUGGGCUUACGGACUUGUAUCUGCAACAUUUGCGGCCAGUCUCAUCAUUUCACCCUCCUUAGGCGCCUUUCUGGAGAAGGCGUAUAGUGAAAACUUCGUCAUCACUCUAGCAUCUCUCAUAGCCCUUUCCGAUGUUCUCUUUGUCUUCUUCUGCGUUCCUGAGUCCCUUGAUACUUGCGUUAACAGUGUUGGCGCCGGUGGCUUUGGCUGCGGUAGCUGCGCCUCCUGUGGGGCUUUAAAGCAUCUAUCUCUCGCGGCACCUUCCUCCCCCUCUAGCCAAUCAAUUUGCGGUAACGCGAAUGAACAGCCAAAUGUGGAACGAAGCUGGUCUAUCACCUGGGACAAGGUUGACCCAUUCGGCGUGAGUGCUGCUGCCUUAAAUUCAUAA